AUGUGUCAGGAUGCCAACAAGGGAAAUGUCGAUACUGAAGUCACCUACACUCCUUCCUACCCAAGGACAACCUCAACAACCAACACCAUGUGUGGCAACUACUACAGAAACUAUGAUGGCGGCCUUGGCUGCGGAUGCUGUGGCUACAGAGGCCUGGGCUGUGGCUAUGGAGGCCUGGACUGUGGCUAUGGAGGCCUGGGCUGUGGCUAUGGCUCCUUCUGUGGCUGUGGUUAUGGAGGCCUGGGCCAUGGCUAUGGCUCCUCCCGUGGCUGUGGCUGUGGCGGCCUGGGCUGUGGCUAUGGCUCCUUCUGUGGCUGUGGCGAUGGAGGCCUGGGCCAUGGCUGUGGUUCCUUCUGUGGCUCUGGCUCCUUCUGUGGCUAUGGCUAUGGAGGCCUGGGCCGUGGCUGUGGCUGUGGCUGUGGCUAUGACUCCUGCUCCUUCUGUGGCUGUGGCUAUAGAUGCGGCUCUGGCUCUGGCUCCAGCUUUGGCCACUACUAUUGA